AUGGCAAUCAUUCCAAUUACCACUUCAGAGCUGGCUAUAACAACGCCUGUGCCGCCCACUCCGCCGGCGUCGACCUUUGAACCUCUCCACAUCCACAUCCCCAUCUCGUCGAUCUCGCCUGCAGCUUCCCAGCCCUCGCCGCCCCAGAUCAUCCAGCCACCCAGCACCCCCACGAUGGCUUCUUCCGGCGCCCCCUUCGUCUCCCAGAGCCCGCAGCACCCUCUGCCGGCCUGGGCCCGAAACUUCCCGGAGCCUACCUCCCCAGUCGACAUCGAGAAGGCCCUCAACAGCAAGCCGCCCCGGUGGACCUUCCAGGUCGCCUUGAAGGCGAACUUGAAGAGGGAAGCAAUCGCGGAGAAGGAGGCUCGCCCUCGUAUCCUCACCGAGGCCCAGGUCAAGGCGGAAUUGGCCAUGGCCAAGGAGUUGCUCCGCGAUAUCGCAAAGAGGAUGAACGCGAAGCGGACGAACGCGAAGCGGAUGAACGUGAAGAAACUUGACAGACGGUGCACAUAG